GGUCGGGCGAUCUCCGGCUCUGCCAAUCUCAGAGCGGGGCGGGACCCGUCCGACGGCCUGGGACCAAACCGAGGGCGGGGGCGGGGCUCCGGGCUCGGCUCCGGGUCCCUGCUUUCCGGCUUCCCCGAUCCUAGUCCCCGGCCUCCGCCACCGCUCACCACACCGGCGACCCCGGAGCCUCGUGCAGCUUUCGGCGCAAUGGACCCGGCGCUGGCCGCACAGAUAAGCGAGGCGGUGGCGGAGAAGAUGCUUCAGUACCGGCGAGACAAGUCAGGCUGGAAGAUUUGCCGGGAAGGCAACGGAGUUUCAGUUUCCUGGAGGCCGUCUGUGGAGUUUCCAGGGAACCUGUACCGGGGAGAAGGCAUCGUGAAUGGGACACCAGAGCAGGUGUGGGACUGCGUGAAGCCAUUGGCUGGGACCCUCCGAGAUAAAUGGGAUGAGAAUGUGGCCGGUUUUGAAAUUAUCGAAAGCAUCACUGAUACACUGUGCAUCUGCCGAACGACCACCCCCUCGGCCGCCAUGAAGCUCAUUUCUCCCAGAGACUUCGUGGACCUGGCGCUGGCCAAGAAGUAUGAGGAUGGGACCAUCAGUUCCAAUGCCACCCAUGUGGAGUAUUCAUCCUGUCCCCCGAGGCCGGGUUAUGUGAGAGGAUUUAACCAUCCUUGUGGCUGCUUCUGCGAGCCUCUGCCAGGGGAGCCCCACAAGACCAGCGUGGUCGCGUUCUUCCAGACCGACCUCAGCGGCUACCUCCCGCAGGGCGUGGUGGACUCCUUCUUCCCCCGCAGCAUGGCCGGCUUCUACGCCAACCUUCAGAAGGCAGUGAAGAAAUUCUACGGCUGACAUCCUGGCCUGCUGGCAGAGAACUGGCAUGACUCUCGUGGAGCUGCAGUUACCAGGACACUGGAAUGCCUUCGAGAACUGUGUUUGUCCCUUGAAACCCGCUGACGGACAGCUCUCCUGGAGCAUCAGCCAAGGGCGGCCCUGGCCCUUCCUGCUCCUCCUUCUACUCGGCUCCACCUGGGAGGAGCUUCUGCCAUUUUCCAAAC